UGCAGGCGUUGUUCAAUGAGAUGUUCAUUUCCUGUUCAUACAUAUAAUAAAAAACGCUUCCUGUCCGAGCAUCACUAUAGAAGAACUGGCAAUAGCACCCAGAAAAAGUGGACGACUCCUUGUGCAUCUAAACAAGAGACUUGGAGCUGGCAGCUCCCUCUGGUACUCAGCAGGAAGAUGACUGUCCUGUGCUGGGUGGUUCUGGUUCUGGCUGUCUUCCUGGCUCCUCAAUGCAGUCUAGCCGCUGUAGACGAGGCCUGGCUAACCGACAUUAUACAAAAUCUCAAAAAUGAGUAUGAAUUGGGUGACAGCUACAGUCUGGUUGUCAACAUCCCUGUGAACCAAGACUUAAGCAGUCUUGCAGAAGUUCUUAAGGAUGACCCUGCAGAUGCAGUGAAACAAGCUAUUUCAACGGGUCAAGGGUACCAAGGCACGAGGGUUGUUGCAGCUGCCCAGUCUGGAGCACUGGCCCAUGUUCUAGAGAAAAUACAGCCCCUCAUAAAAAGCAGCGAUGGCAACGUCCUCAUCGUCUACUCUGAAGGCUACCCUGAUGCAAAUGGCAUUGACAACAAGAUCAGUAACAUUGUUCAGAACUGGAAGAGUUAUGCUUUUGUGUUUUCUAAAGUAGCUGAUGUUGCUGAUGCUGACACGCUUGCGAGGGCUGCAAUGUUCAAAGAGCAAGAGGUUUCAAAGUUUGGGCUUGAAAACAUAUUCCGUUGUUAUGAGCAAAGCGAUUCUUUUCAGUGCACAAACUGCAAAGCAGGCGAUAAUGUUGCACCAUCCUGCGUUGCAGAUACAAUGCAAUCAGAUGCCAACGAAGAGACAGCAGUAGGUGCCACAGAGCCGCCUACAGGAAGUGAUGAAGGCACAAUUUCAGGUUUAAAUAGCGAGUCUGACAUAGGCACAAUCACUGACACUAACCAAGAUUAUGAGGGUGGAGGGAUGAUUGAUGUCAUGGGUGGACAGGAACCAAGAAAGGGCAAAACGAGGCAAAAGGGGAAGAGAGGUGGAGAGGUGAAAGAAGGAGGUAAACGUGGAAAAGGAGGCAAGAUGAGAAAAUCACGUAGACGUGGGAAAGCAGGCAAGAUGAGAAAAUCACGUAGACGUGGGAAAGGAGGCAAGAUGAGAAAAUCACGUAGACGUGGGAAAGGAGGCAAGAUGAGAAAAUCACGUAGACGUGGGAAAGGAGGCAAGAUGAGAAAAUCACGUAGACGUGGGAAAGGAGGGAAGAUGAGAAAAUCACGUAGACGUGGGAAAGGAGGCAAGAUGAGAAAAUCACGUAGACGUGGGAAAGGAGGCAAGAUGAGAAAAUCACGUAGACUUGGGAAAGGAGGCAAGAUGAGAAAAUCACGUAGACGUGGGAAAGGAGGCAAGAUGAGAAAAUCACGUAGACGUGGGAAAGGAGGCAAGAUGAGAAAAUCACGUAGACGUGGGAAAGGAGGCAAGAUGAGAAAAUCACGUAGACGUGGAAAAGGAGGGAAGAUGAGAAAAUCACGUGGACGUGGGAAACGAGGCAAGAUGAGAAAAUCACGUAGACGUGGAAAUGGAGGCAAGAUGAGAAAAUCACGUAGACGUAGAGGUGGGAAGCGUAGAAGCAAGAGAAGGGGGUAGAUAGCUAACAGUGCAUAACAAUCUGCUUUGCCAAAUUUUGAGCAACAAAAACAUUUAACAUUAGUUUAAAAAAAUCAGGUACUUUGCAAGUGUUUUUACUUCAUUUAAUCUGAUGAAACCAUUGGUUUUGUCUGGCCAAAUAAACAUAAUUCAUUUAUCUGUAUUGACAUGAUUUAUUUGAAAGGAUGCUGUCGUGUUUUGCUUUUCUAUAUCACAGAAUUCCAACAAUUUAUGUGUAACCUUGAUAUUUUUGCUACUUUUGAUUAAAGUUUGCUUUAGCAUUUUAA